AUGCCCUUUCGAACAAGCUCGACCCCAAUUUUCGAAAUUAGCGCAGUCGGUCAGACCCCAAACAGUGACUUCCGUAGUCCAGAAGAUAACCUUCGACUAUGGCAGUUUCUUACUGUUUCGUGGAUGCAGCCGUUGAUCUCCCUCGGGCGCAACAGGCAAUUACAUGAACGCGAUGUCUGGCUACUUGGAUUCGAAUUUCAACAUCGCCUUCUCCAUGAGAAAUUUCGUCGGCUCAAGGGAUCUGUGCUUGCUCGGACCCUGAGGGCGAAUGGCCUGGAUGUUUUUGUCAUUUCAACUAUUGCCAUUGUGCAGAUGCUCUGUGAUUUCUCAACCCCCGUGCUCCUGCAGCAGCUCUUGAAAUCGAUGCAGGAUCCGACAAAGCCCAAAAGAGUACCAUUGACCUAUGCAUUUUUGUCGUUGGUGCUACGACUUGUUGCUGCACAAUCUCAAGUAUUGAAUUUGUGGUACGGUCGGCGGUGCUACGAGAGGUCAAGAGGCGAAAUGGUUAUGAUGGUUUAUGAAAAGGCACUGUCACGAAAGAAUAUCCUCGGCACUCACGAAAAGGCAGGGGAAGUGCUGAAUGAAGAAAAUGACACUGUCAAUGGGGAUGCGGCAACUCAUGGGGCUGAGUCUUCCCCGGGCAAGCCUGGACUCUGGCAUCGUCUUAUUUCUGGAAAAUCUAAGCCGAAGCUGAACAAGACCAAAGAAGCUGCAUCCUUGGGAAAGAUUUUCAAUCUUCUCCGAGGUGAUGUUUAUGACGUAGCCCAGAGAUACUGGGAGAUUGACAGUCUAAUUGAUAAGCCUCUGGGCUUGAUCAUAGCCGUGGUCCUGGUUUGGACGCUAUUUGGUCCAUCUUGCUUCUUGGGUAUACUGUCUGUCUUGGCUGCUCAAGCAGCAAAUGCCGUUGUUACCAGAAUAUUGCUUCGCUAUGAACGCAUCAAACGAGCCGCGACAGACGUUCGCUUGCAAAUUACCUCGCAGUUUGUGGAAGCAAUCCGUCAUCUCCGGUGGUACGGGUGGCAAGAUCAUUGGCUUCGGCAAGUUAUGGAUGCUCGACAGCAUGAGCUGAACGUGCGAAUUAUUACAGGCUUAUGGAACAUCUUGAUCACCUUCAUCAAUACAUUCGCGAGUGGUGUUUUCCCCGUUCUGGCACUAUACUCCUACACCGUCCUAGCCGGCCAUGAAUUGAGGAUCGAUAUCAUAUUCCCUGCCUUACAGCUGUUCUCCAUGCUCGAAGUCCGUCUACGCGAGAUUCCAAGUUUGAUCACUACUCUGAUCAAUGCUUCAAUUGCCUUGGGCCGUAUCGAGGACUUCAUGGCAGAGCCAGACAAAAUACAGAAUCCCGCAGAUAGUUCAACCGAGCACAUUCCAUUCCACCUAGAUUCUUGCACAUAUGCCUGGCCUGGGAAACUAACACCUGUGCUAAAGGAAGUCAGUGUGACCAUCCCAAAGGGUCUCACCGUCAUCAGCGGCAAGGUAGGCGCAGGGAAAACCGCCUUCCUACAGUCGCUUCUAGGGGAGCUUGAUCAGUUUUCAGGAACCUCUCGUAUUCCAAACGAAAUGGUCGGCUACUGCGCCCAGACACCGUGGUUGCAAAGCAUGAGUAUUCGCGAUAACAUUCUGUUCUCUUCGCCAUACCAAGAGCAGCGCUACAAGAAGACACUCGAAGCCUGCGCUCUCCUACCCGAUCUCUCUCGAUUUAAACAUGGAGAUCUGACUUUUAUUGGCGAAAAUGGCAUUGGUCUCUCUGGGGGCCAGAAAGCGCGUGUCGCUCUAGCUCGGGCAGUGUACAGUGUCUCGAACGUGCUACUACUAGAUGAUCCUUUAUCUGCGCUUGAUCACAACACGGCCGAAUUUGUCGCUCGUAAAUGUUUGGCUGGACCAUUGGUUCAAGACCGUACUGUGGUCUUAGUGACACAUCGUAUGGCACUUGUUUGGGGUAUUGCUGGGCAAAUAGUCAAUAUCGUUGAUGGACACGCCACUGUUUAUGACAAGAGCGCAAUUGAAGCGUCUACUAAUAAUACUGGGGCCGAGACAUCACCAAUCGACCAGUCAGAAUCGGACCUUGAACAGGAUGGCUCCAGUGAACAGGAAGCUAGUGCAGUUCCGGACAAGUUCAUUGAGGAAGAGCAUCGUGCCGAAUGGGGCGUCAAAGCUCGAGUUUACUGGAGCUAUAUCCGAGCCGGAAAAUAUCGGUGGUGGCUUUCCUUGGUUCUUGUUCUGACUGUUUAUCGACUGGCUGCUGUGGGGCAGUCAUGGUUCCUCAAGGGAUGGGGUGAAGCCUACAACCAGAUACCUUUGACUCUCAAUGAGUUCUUUGCCUGGGGUAAACCUCCCCCGCUUGGAGACGCCUUCCUCGCAUCAGCAUCUUACGUGGAUUCUCAUUUUAUCUCGCGGAAUCCCAUGGAUCGAUUGCCCCCUCCAAGUGACGAUGUUCGUCCGUGGCUUUGGGCUUUCUUCUGCAUCGUCUCCUUCCAGGCAGCGACCCUUCUUGUUUCCCAAAGCUUGAUGUUGGUAAUCGUUUAUUGUGCUGGCAAGACAUUAUUCCGACAAGUUAUGACACGGGUCAGUCAUGCGACCUUCAGAUUCUUCGAUGUCACCCCCGUGGGCCGGCUGAUGAACCGUCUCACGUCUGAUAUUGGUGUUGUUGACGGUAACAUCAGCUCACAAUUCCAAACCAUUGCUUUCUAUGCCAUCACCUGGAUUUCAUCGAUUCUAGUCAUUGCAACGGCUACUCCAGCUUUCCUCGCAUUCUCGUUACUGCUCACUGUGGUGUUUAUUUUGGUUUUUCUGCGCUUCCUCCCGACAUCUCAGAGCUUGCGGCGACUCGAAAUGGUAUCACUCACUCCGCUGCUGUCCAAUUUCGGAGAGCUACUCCAUGGACUGACCACCGUCCGUGCAUUUCGAGCCGAAGAACGCUUCCAGGACCGAGUCAUAACGGUAGUUGACAAGUUCCAAGGCAUGGAUCACUUCUACUGGUCUUUGCAGGCCUGGCUUAUGUACCGCUUCGAGAAUCUUUCUGCAUUGUCAACUUUCGGACUAACAGUUUUGGCUCUCUACACCGACACGACACCCGGCCUUGUCGCUUUCGUGUUAAUUGCUGCAAAUUCCUUCGUGCAAUCUACACACGGCCUUUGCAAGCAAUAUGGUCAGCUACAGAUGGAUUUUGUUUCGGUCGAACGAGUCGAUGAGCUGCUUCACGUUGAGGAGGAAUCCACAGGGAAAAUUGAGCCUCCUGCGGCAUGGCCCACCUAUGGCAGCGACGUUGUCUUUGAGAAUGCUACUAUGCGCUAUGCGCCUCAUCUUGACCCUUCACUGAGAGACAUCACACUCUGUAUUCCUGGUGGGUCCACCACAGCUAUUAUCGGCCGCACCGGCAGCGGCAAGUCAACGUUGGCAGUAUCGUUGCUCAGUGUCAUCCGACCAGAGUCCGGUCGGAUCUUGAUCGACAAUAUCAACAUUGCGGAUGUCAGCACUCAAGCUCUACGCACUCGCGUCACAUUUGUUGCGCAGGACCCUGUUCUUUUCCCGGGGAGUAUUCGCCUCAAUCUCGAUCCGACCAAUGACUUUUCCGAUUGCCAAUGCGCAGAAGUCCUGGACCGGCUUUGUGGUCGACAUGGCUGGAACCUUGAAACGCAUAUUGAAGCCGGGGGAAAGAACCUCAGUCAGGGUCAACGACAGCUUAUCGCGCUCACCCGGGCUGUUCUCCGACGCAGCGCUGUUGUGAUUCUUGAUGAGGCGACCGCAUCGAUCGAUCAUGAAACGUCGCUCGAAAUCCAGCAGAUUGUCCGUGAAGAGCUGGAGCUGUCGACGGUUAUCACGAUCGCGCAUCGGGUCGAGGCUGUCAAGGAUGCAGAAUACUUUGUCGAACUGGAGCAGGGGCGAGUACUUCGAGAAGGGCGCGUUGGGGAGUUGUAG